GUUUAUACAAUUAUGUCAAAUAUCCAAAAGAUAGAGGUUUGUUGUCUAUGAUCUCUGAACCAACAAAUUAAUAAACUUAUCCCAGUCCAAAUACAUGUGGUUGAUAAAGUGUUGGUAACUAGAGUUGGAUUGCACUAGCCAUUAGUGGAGCAGUGGUGCUGGCACCAUAGCGUUCGUAGCUCUUCAUUUUCACUUCUCACUACAAAUUGCAAAACGGCCACUAUUAUAAUCAUGUAUUGCUUCGCUGCUUCAUGUGCAUCAAUUUCUUCAUAACCAUUGUUUAUUUUAUACAAAGAAAAGGAAGACAAAUUUCAUGCUUGCAGUUGCACCAUAUUCCCCGGCGGCCCCGCCACCACUGUCGUUGCUGUUUGACAUAACUCCUCCGCCGUCACCUUCAAUGUAUCCGACGCCUCCAGCACCUCCAGUCACCCCGCCGCCGGAAACUUUACUCGUUCAAGAUUCGCCGCCGCCAUCUUCAGUCACACCACUUCCUCUCACGGAGCCGUUGUUGCCGUCUCCCUCGCCGGAAUCUCUGCCACCGCCAUUGCCAUCGUCCACUGUUACGCCAUCGCCUCCAACUCCGACCGCCGAAUCUCAGCCACCGCCGUUUCCAUUUGCCACAGCUCCUGCACCGACAACGUUUCCGCCGUUUGCAGUUGCACCGUCGCCUCCAACUCCAACCGCCACUUUUCCACCUGCAUUGCCAGAAAUGCCUCCGGCGACAGCGGCGACUGUGACUGUUCCUUCGCCGCCUCAACAUCCACCAUUCAUGACGGAACCUACUUUGGCAACGCCGUGGUUUCCUGCGUUGCCGGCAUCGGCGCCGGAAGUGAAUUUUCCGUCAACAGCACGAGGUGGAAGUUUGCCGGUGGCUGUGGAUGUUCAGAAGCCUUCAACAUUCCACGUGUCAAGUGGUCUCAUUUUUGGGCUUGUAAUUGCAGCUAUCGUUUUCGUCUUUGUUUUUACUGUUGGAUCAGUGCUACGCUGGAAUAGGAAGAAAAACAAACACAAUAAUCUAUCCACCCCUCACUAUAAGGAAUCAUCUCCCUCUCUUGGAUCCAAGGGGUCUCAUGUUAUUCGAGUGUCACCAAAUCCAACGCUGCCACCACCGCCACCUCUCACUGAGGGCGGUGGAGCUUCUGGCUCUUUUAAUUCAGUAUCUGUGAAAGCAAUUCCAAAUCAUGCUCCAAGAGGUGCCUUUGGUCCCGCGAAUGGUAUUUUCACGUAUGAUGAAUUAUUAGUGGCCACUAAAUGUUUCUCUGAGUCCAACCUUCUUGGAGAAGGUGGUUUUGGGUAUGUGUACAAAGGAGUUCUCCCAUGUGGAAAGGAAAUUGCAGUUAAGCAGUUAAAAUCAGGAAGCCAACAAGGAGAGAGAGAGUUUCAAGCUGAGGUUGAGACCAUUAGCCGAGUGCAUCAUAAACAUCUUGUUGAAUUUGUUGGAUACUGCGUUACAAGGGCAGAGAGAUUGCUCGUUUACGAAUUUGUUCCAAAUAACACAUUGGAAUUCCACUUACAUGGGGAGGGGAAUACCUUCUUAGAAUGGUCGAUGAGGAUUAAAAUUGCCUUGGGAUCUGCAAAAGGGCUGGCAUAUCUACACGAAGAUUGUAAUCCGGCAAUUAUUCACCGAGAUAUUAAAGCAUCUAAUAUCCUUCUUGAUUUUAAGUUUGAACCCAAGGUUUCUGACUUUGGCUUGGCAAAAAUCUUCCCUAACAACGAUAGUUGCAUUAGUCACCUCACCACUCGAGUGAUGGGAACCUUUGGGUAUCUAGCUCCGGAGUAUGCAUCAAGUGGUAAAUUGACAGAUAAAUCAGAUGUAUAUUCCUAUGGCAUCAUGCUUUUAGAACUUAUAACCGGACAUCCACCAAUCACUACAGCAGGAUCAAGAAAUGAGAGCCUCGUCGACUGGGCUAGGCCAUUGCUUGCUCAAGCACUACAAGAUGGUGACUUCGACAAUCUUGUUGAUCCAAGGUUGCAGAAAAGUUACGAAGCUGAUGAGAUGGAAAGAAUGAUUACCUGCGCAGCUGCUUGUGUGCGCCAUUCAGCCAGGCUUCGACCUCGAAUGAGCCAAAUAGUUGGAGCCUUAGAAGGAGUGGUUUCUCUAACCGAUCUUGUUGGGGAUGUUACAACAGGGCUUACCACAGACACGGUAUACAAUUGGUCAAAUAUUUUAGAUUAUGAUGCUGGCCAUUACCAGCAGGACAUGAGAAAUUUCAAUUUGGCAUUAUCAUGUCAUAAAUACAGCUCCAGCGGGUAUAGUGAAACCACUAGUGCUUAUGGGCUUCACUCAUCAGGCUCAAGUAGUGAGGCUCAGCAAUCAUUUCGAGACAUAGUAUAAAAGAGGUCAAAGAUAGUGGAAUGUAUUGUGAAUUCUGAACUAUGGUAAUUAUGUUCUGCUCAAGAUGUAAAGCUCGUACUGUCCAGAGACUUGAGUGACUAGAUGUUCAAAUUCUUAAUCAGUUUUCAAUUUUUUUUAACUUAUUAUUAAAAGCUUCCUCGGCUUACUGAAUUAGAGGUUUCAAACGUGAAUUAGAGUUGAUAUAUAUUUUGGCAAAAUGAUGAGGAUUGACACUUCGAACAGUGGGUCCAAAAACACACUAGCAGGCACACAAGAGCACUUAUAGGAAAUUUGAAGUUCUUUUUUUCUGAUUCAACACUACAAGACAGCAGCACCAAUAGACUUUAUGGA